CGCAAGCUACUGUAUGCGAUUGCAACAAUCUUGUUACUCUUAGUCAUAAAGAUAAACAACAACGCCAAAAUGUGGCAGUAGCUGUCACAGUUUAUCGGAGGCAGGCAUGUCGACGUAUGGCUCAAUCCUAGCUGCGACCGCCAGCUCCAGGCCACUCAAUGAUUCCGGCAGGUAUGGCGUGCAGCUGCAGCCGCGGGCGGACUCGCAGGCGGGAACAUCCGGGAUGUCGAACAGCCACGGUGUCCGUGCCUGGUACCACUCGCAGCACCCGCUCGGCGCCACCUGGUCCCCCAGCCGCUCCCCUCCCCCGGCAUCCACCGCCAAUAACCACUGGCCCCGAACCACCAGCGUCAACCCACACCCAAGCAGCGCCUUGGCUGCUUCGCUGCCGCGGCCGGCCAGCCUCACGUCCACAACCACCACCCUGUCGCCGAAUGGAAAGGUGCACGUGGCCGCCUCCCCUGGCAGCGUGACUGGCCAGUCCGCCAGCCCCUCGCCGGCCCCGCGCCUGUCGGCCGCGCAGGCGCCGUACAGCAAUGCGCUGAUGAACCAGGUGCUGCUGGACUCUCUGCGCAACAUCAAGGCGUUGAGGCAGCACUCGCAGGCGCGGAUGCAACAGCAGCAACGGCAACAGGAGCAGCAGCAGCCUCAGUCCCCGAGGUCGCCCAGGUCGGCGAGACAGUCGCCCAGGCACUCCCAGCGCACCUCGCCGAACCAGCCGCGCACCUCACCGCUCCGAUCUGACCACCCGCGACAGCCACAGCAACAACAACAACAGCCGUCGCCGCCGGCACAUCAGCCACACCAGCAGCACCAGCAGCACCAGCACCAGCAGCUGCCGCAGGGCCAGGAGCUGCAGGACCGGCAGCAACAACAACACCAAUACCAACAGCAGCAGCGGCAGGAGAAUCAGGACCGCUUCUACCGGGAAAGCCAGGGUCAGCCGCAUCAGUCACCACCACCGCCGCAGCGACAGCAGCCGCACGCACACCUGGACUUGCACCGCUUCCAAUCGCUGCAGCCGGCAGCGCGGGGCGUAGCGCCAGUCCUAGGCGGCGCGGCCAGCAGGCUGCCGGACGGCCCCGGGAGCCCCUACGGCCGCGCCAGCGCCCCCCUGUCCUCCUACGGAGCCCGCGCCACGCAGCGUGCCGCAAGCGCCUCCAGUGCGACGGCGGGCGCGGCGGGACCCGAUGCCGCUGACCGCACCUUCCACCUGCCCCGCCGCGCGCCCGCGCACCCGUCGCCGUCGGCGCCGCUGGUGCUCCAACCCGACCCCAACGCCAGCAUUGCCGGUCUGCCCGUCAGCCCGCACCAGCGGCUGGUAUCCGACCAACACCGGCCCACUGCCUUCCAGGCGCGCCCGCUGUCGCCGCGCGCGCGGCCCGGCAGCGGCGCCGCGGAGCGCGCCGCCGCCGCGGCGGCCGCCGCACUGCCGCCCCCACCGCCGCCACUGCCCCCGCACCUUCGCAAUGAGAUCGGGACAGUGCCGGCACUCGCCGACAUGUGGCCGCCGGCAGUGGAGUCGCUGCGGGCGGUGGCGGCUGAACCUGGCGGCCAGCCACGCGCUGGUUAUGACCCAGUGCUGGCGGCGUCGUUGCCGCCGCUGCGCUCCCUUCCCACCCGCACGCUGCUGGCGGCGGCGGUGACGGGCCUGCAGCAGCAGCUGAACAACACAAUGGAGGCUCUGGGCUGCUUGUCCAGUCUGUCGGCGCUGAGUGCGUUGAGCUGCCUGCAGCCGGCGCUGCAGGCGCCCAUGCACGUGGUGCGCGAGCGCGCGGCGGCGGCCGCGACGGCGGUGGCGGCCGCGGCGGCGGACGCCGCGCGCGGGCUGCAGGCGGAACAGGAGCGCGCGCGGGAGGCGUGGCUGGCAGAGCAGCAGCGGCUGCAGCAGAAACAGGAGCUUUACCAGCAACAGCAGCAAGCAGUGCAGUCACAGCAGCAGCAGCGGACGGCGGCGCCGCCACCUUCACGGCAGGUUGUGCCGGCGGUUGCAGCCGUUGCAGCGGUCCCAGUGACAGCGGCAGUGGCGGCGCCUUCCAUCGCAACAACAGCGCCGGCUGCACAGGCAAUUGCUGACGAGGCGGCAGCGGCGCCAGCACCGCCGGAGGCCACGGCCCCAGUGGCAGCCGCAGCGCCGGCAGCUGUGGAGCUGCAGGCGCCCGCGGACCCGCCCGCUCACGACGCGCCCGUGCCCGCUGUUGCACGGGCAGACUCCAUGAAGCAGCCACAGUCACAGCCGGAAGUUGCUCUGGCAGCUGAAGGCUCAGCAGCAAACGCAGCCGCUGCUGCGCCGCCAUCACCUGCGCCGGCUGGGUCCGCACCUGCUGCAGUUGCCGCGGCCACAGCUCCAGCCGCUGAGGGCGGCGGUGGCGGUGGCGGCGGAGGUGCUGGCGGUUGGGGUGGCGGCGAUGAUGGUCACCUGGCGCUGUCGCCGCGCUCCUCCAUUGCCUCGGAGCUGGCACCACCGUCCAAAGCCAUCUGGCCCUUUGUUGAACUGGAGCACCCGCCGCCGCCGCAGCAGCAGCAGCAGCAGCAGCAGCCACCGCCACCGCUACAGACCCCUGGCACUGCCGAGGACCGAACCAGUCCUGCAGCUGGCGCCGGCGCCGGCGCCAGCAGUGUGAAAGGCGCGACGGGCCGAGCCGGCAGCAGCAUUAGGUCAAGCGCCGAGAUCGUGGCACCCAGCAACGCCGCGGCAGCGUCAGCGGCCGCCGCACUUGCGGCCGCCGCCGCCGCUGCCUCCCCUGCAGCGCCGGCCGGCGGCGUGGCGUCGUUUGCGGCGGCUGCCGACGUCAACGUGACGCUGAGCCCGGCGGCGCUGCAGCAGCUGCUGGCAGAGACGGCCCGCGCCUCCGCCGCCUCGGCCCUGGAUCUGUAUCACCACCGACACGUAAUGCAGCUGCAGCAGCAGCUGUACGACGAGCGGAUCCAGCAGCGAUCCGUACAGCUGGAUCGAGAGCGGGAGCUGAUGCGGCAGCUGCGGGAAGCUGCGGAGGCGGCGGCGGCCACCGCCGCAGGCCACGCGCAGUCGAGUGCGGCGGCGGCGCGCCGGGAUGGGGCCGCGGUGGCGGCGUCCCAGGCAGAGGCGGCGGAGGCGCGGGCGCAGGCGGAGCAGGCGCAGCUGGCGGCGGCGAAGGCGCGGUCGGAUGCGGCGGUGGCGCGGUGGAUUGCGGCGGCCUCGGCAGACAGCUGGAAUGCCAGCGACCCUGCCCUGCGCACCAUGAUCACUUUGGUGCCGGCGGCGUCACCCAUGCUGGGAACAGCGACAGCAAGCGCGACAGCAUUGACUGCGACGGCGGCGGUGACAGUGUCCUUGCCGGAGCCGGAGCGCGAGCGUGUGCGCGAGCGGGCAGCACCGGUAGCCGGAUCCGCUCAGUUGCUGAAGUCUGCAGCCGCCGCCGCCGCCGCAGCCGCAAUCGAGGCUGCUGCUGUGGACGCCGGCGCCGCCGCGGGGGCCGAGGCGGAGGAUGCGGUGGAGGCGGAGAUGCGGCGGCUGGGGCUGCGGGACGGGCUACAGGGCAUGGGGCCUGGAAGCGGUGCCGAGGCUGGGAACACGGAGGUUGGGACCGCGGCUGGCAAGGAGCAAGGACCAGAACGGAGACAGGAGGACGAGGAGGCACAAGAGGUGGAGGAGGAGCCGGAGCAGGAGGAGGAGGAGGAGCCUGAGGGUGAGGCGACGCUGUCCAUCCCGCCGCCUGUGGCCUCGCUGCGCGCGUAUGUGGCGGCUGCCAAGGCGGCGGGUGGGUCACGUGAAGGCGCCGAGGCGGGGGCAGGGGAGGCGGCGGGGCCACCAGCAGCAAGAGCCGGCCGCAGCGGGUCAGCUCCUCAGGACGGCCCGGCGGCGUCAGCGGCGGCGUACGUGUUCCGGAGGGACGGGGAGAGCUGGCCCAGUGCUGGGCUGGAGGCCGGGCAGGGGCGUGCAGCAGCACGGGAUGAGGAGGCAAUGGGGAGCCCGGCGGAUGAGAAAGACGGCGGAAGCGCGCACAAGGCGACUGUGAAACGCACCGAUAGCGGCGGCAGCAGCAGCAGCAGCAGCUCCAAGGCUAGCAGUAGCAGUAGCAACAGCAUUAGCAGCAGUGAGAGCGGGCGUGGUAAGGACGGCGGCGGCAGCCGUCAGCACGCCGCCGGCGCCGGCGGAGCCGGGGCCCACCACGCGGGCGACCUGGUCCCUGGGGAUGGCGGCGCGCAGGAGGAGGAGGCUGACGUGGCCGCUGUGGUUGCAGGGCCGGCGCCGGCGAGGCCCGUGCUGGGUCAGGGUGCGGGCGCCUUCGGCGCUGGCGCCGCCGGGCCCAGGCCGCAAGCCCGAGCGCGGCUGCCGGUGGCGGAGGGCCCGCCGGCGACGUCGGCAGCAGCAGCGGUUGCAGUGGUAGGGGAGGCGGCUGCACCUGGCGCCGUCACGGGUCCAGCAGGCGCUGGUGGCGGCGCCGGCGCGGGUCGGGGCGGGAGCCGUGCUGCCAGUCGGUCCGGCAGCAUGGGGCACGGUAGAGCCGCCGAGCCUAAGGCGGGAGUGGGGCCGGCGGCCGCGAAUGCGGGGCCGGUGCCGCCUGCGUCGGCAGCUGCUGCGGCUGCGGCUGCGGUGGGCGACGUAGAUGAGAGCGAGGAUGGCGGCGUGUGGGGCAGGGGCGUACGGCGUGGCGGCAGCGGCGGUAGCGAUAGUGGCGACAGCGGUGGCAGUGGCGGCAGCUGGAGGUAUGUGGAGCUCUUCCCCUCACCGCAGUCACAAGCACUAUCCGAGGGCGUGGCUAGUGGCCGGUACGGCAGUAGCACCGCCACCGCUGCAGCAACCCCGGCUGCCGGAGCAGGCGCCGGGCCGGUGGCAGUUGCGGAGGAGGGGCGCGGGCCGGUGGGCACAGGUCGCAGGCAGCGGGAGUGGCGCCACGGCUCUGAUUCGGGCACUGAGGAGCCGGAGGAGGAUCCGCAGGAGGCCACUGCAGCGGGCAGGACUCGAGAGCAGCCGCCGCAGCCGUCGCCAGCACAACCGCUGCCGCGGCCGCGGCCGGAUGAUGAUGAGGAUGAUGAGCUUAUGGAUGUCGAGGACGUGCCGGACUUGGAGGAGGUGGAGGAGGUGGGCGAGGUUAAGGAGGUGCCGGGGCAAAACGGAGCCUCCGCCGAGGCCGCUACAGCCAAAGAUGGAGUUGAAGUCGCCUCGGGGGCACCACAGCCUCAGCCCCAGUCGCAGCGGCCGGUGGCGGUCGACGGCGAUGCCACCGAUGCGGUCACGGCGGCGCCCGCACGUGCGCCGUCGGCGCGUUCGGUGCUGCUGCCGGCUGCAGACGCAGACGCAGGGGCAGGUGCAGAAGGCAGGAGCGUGGCGGUGGAGGGGCCGGCGACUGAGGUGCAGGCCACGCCGGCAGAGUCGAGUGUGGGCAGUGGCGGCCGCAGUGACGGGAGAUACAGCCAAGCACAGCAGUCACACGGGGUGCAUAUUACAUCCACCGCUGCCGCUGCCGAGGACGCGCCACGCAGGGGCUAUGCCACCGGCGCGAGUGACGGGGCACACAAGGACGACGCCGCCGACGCCGCCACUUCACCAUUCUCGCGGGCGCGUCCGCCGCCGCCGACUGCCGAGGAGGCACACGCUCCAGCGCCCCACGCUUCACCACCUGCCGCCCAGCCAGCAGCACCCUUAGCAGCUGCCGCCGCCGCCGCCGCGGCGGAUGCGGACAUUCCAGAGGAAGAGGCCCUCACGCGCCAGGGCAGUGCCAGCGCCCACCGCGGUAGCGCCAGCGGCGCCGCCGCCGCCGGUGACCGGCGUCAGCCGCUGCCGCUGCCGCCGCCGGCCGCGCUGGCGGCACUGUUGCAGCACUCACACUCGUUGGGCGGUGACGAGGUGGCGGACGUGUCGUUUGGCGACUCGUUGGCGUUCGUGGAUCCAUACGACCCCUUUGAGCGGUCGCUGCCGCUCUCGAUCAGCUUCGGGGCGCUUCUGGCGGCGGAGGCGGCGGGGCUGUCCACGGCGGCGGCGGGGGCGGCGGCAGGAGGGGCGGGUGGUGGAAGACGGGGCCGGGUCAGCGGCAGCGGCAGUGGCGGGCUGCCGGCGGGGCUGCCGCGGCCGGCGUCAGGGUCGCAGCUGCCGGCGCUGGGGGGGCGCUUCGGUGCCCUGCCGCCCGUUUGAGGCGUCCGGGUGGGGUGGGGGGGCACACGGCCCCCGGCUGUGUCAGGGUGCACUGUGAAGCAAUUGUACAGAGGCAGCGUUGGAAGCCAAAACGAAGGGAGCCAGUACAUAUGGGUGGGUGGGAGGGUUGUUGGAGGCUGGCAUGAUGCGCACUCAGUGCGGAUGUAAGAAGAAUGGAGUGCGCGUGUUUGGAUGCCUGUAAUGAAGGCUGGCCAGCGUCGCCGCAGUAAGCGGCACGAGGGCUUUGAAUGCAAGCUGCAAGUGGUGAAGACAGCCGGCAAAAGACACAUCUGGAUGUCGCCGGGCGUGUUCCACAGGGUGUAGCAGCGUUAUGUGCCGAAUGUAGCAGCGUUAGGUGCCGAACUUCAGCGUUCCACCUAC